AUGGUCGUCAACGCAACCUCAGUGACCACAGCCCCCCCCGUGAAGAAGGCUACUGAGGAUACCAAGCGUGCUCUCCUGGGGAAGGUGGACUGCUUCAUCUUCGACUGUGACGGCGUGAUCUGGAGGGGGGACUCUGUAAUUGACGGCGUCCCUGAAACGCUCGAUGCUCUGAGAAAAUUGGGGAAGAAGCUGGUGUUUGUGACCAACAAUUCCACCAAGUCGCGCAAGGGAUACCUGGGCAAGUUCACGAGCCUGGGCCUCGAUGUGAACGCGGAGGAGAUCUACUCCUCCUCCUACGCGGCUGCUGCCUACCUGGAGUCCAUCAACUUCCCCCAGGACAAAAAGGUGUACAUAGUGGGCGAGGUGGGCAUUCAGGAGGAGCUGGACCUGAAGGGCAUCCGCUACUGUGGCGGGCCCGACGACGCCGACAAGAAGAUUGAUCUCAAGCCCGGCUACGCGCUGCCCCACGAUGAGGAUGUGGGUGCGGUGGUGGUGGGCUUUGACCGGCACCUGAACUACUACAAGAUCCAGUACGCGACGUUGUGCAUCAGCGAGAACCCGGGCUGCCACUUCAUCGCGACUAACCUGGACGCGCGCACGCACCUUACCGACGCCCAGGAGUGGGCCGGCAACGGGGCCAUGGUCGGUGCCAUCAAAGGGUCGACCAAGCGCGAGCCGACGGUGGUGGGCAAGCCGGCGGAGUUCAUGCUGGCCAACAUCGCGACCACCUUUGGGCUGAAGCGCAGCCAGAUCUGCAUGGUCGGCGACCGCUUGGACACCGACAUUCUGUUUGGGCAGCAGGGCGGCCUCUCCACCAUGCUCGUGCUCUCAGGUGUGACAACGGAGCAGGCUCUGCUGUCUCCAGAGAACACCAUCCACCCAGACUGCUACACAGAUCAGCUGUCAGACCUCCUAGAGGCGGCCCAGAGCGCAGCGUAG